GUCAAAUUUGUCGUUAACUGGUUUCAAAACAACCUUUUUCCUAUCCUGAACUGAUUUGAUCAGUAUUAGAGCACAAAUAACGAGUAAGAAAAGCACGAGAAGUUUUUUUGAGCGGAAAAAAAAAUUAUUCAAUAGUGUUUUCCAAGCUCUUAGGCUCGUCAUGGUAGUAGUAUGGAGGGAAUUGGUGUAAAAGUAUGGGGGUUUAUCAUAUUUUUGUUUAUUUUGAUUUUUUUUUUCUUUCCUUCAUGAGAUGAAAAAAAUAAACUUCAAUCAGCACCAAACAAGCAUGAUUGGCCCACGCAAGCAAGAGAACAAGGAAGUUGAGAAAGAGGAACCUAAGGAAGUUGAGAAAGAAGAAUCGAAGGAAGAUACGAAAGAUGACGAGGAAAAGGAGGGUGAUACUGACACCGAAAGUAGUGAGAGUGAGGAUGAAGUGAUUGGUCCAGUAUUGAAAGUAAAUCCACAACCUAAAAAGUCAUUAAUGGAACUACAUCAACAAAGACAUAACAGCAAGAAUAAAAUCACAAAGUUUGAUCAUAAAGAAGGACUCAAUAAGGAAGUGAGACAAGAGAUAUUAAAGAACUUGAAUAAAAAUGGUGGACUUGGCGGCAAAUUCACCAAAGGUAAAUGAACGCUUAGAUGGAAACAUUACCAAAUAACUCAUCCAAUUCAUUCUUAUCUUGAGGCUUCGUAGUAGGAACCAACACGUUUUCAAAAUCGAAUCCAGGAGCAAAUUUUCUUUGCUGUUGGUUAAUCCAAUCCUGAUACUUAGUCACCUCUGCUGAAUCGCUAGUACUUUUCAUUUUUUCAAUUGACGCCAACCAAUUGGUCAACUCCUCUGUAGUCAACUUGAUCUUAGGCGGUCUUACCGAGUUCAAAGUUGGUAUCAACUUAUUAAAAUUUGUGUUUAAAGUGACUGGUUUCGGGGGCUGAUACAAGGGAUUCUUGAUCAACGGAACCUGAUUCAAUAUCUCAUCGGCUACACACAGUUAGUAACUACCUCUUUGAAAUAGAUCCAGCGUACAUACGGGUGUCGGUGUUAUUCAUGGUGUGGGAAGAAGAAGAAGUAGUAGUGGUGGGCGG